GUGGCCUGGAUCUAGUUAACUACAAAAAUCUGUUGCAACUGUUAAGAAGCACUUUCCGAGAAAUUUGUAUGUUUCCCUUCUAAAAGGCAUUUUAUGAGGUAAAUGCGCCUGAAUGAUCAUUAUUUUGAAUGGGUGCAUUUCUAGAAAAACCAAAGACUGAUAAAGAUACAAAGUCUGCGUCGGGAAAUGGACUUCGCUAUGGAGUGGCGUCCAUGCAAGGCUGGCGUAUUGAAAUGGAAGAUGCUCACACGGAUAUCACUGCCUUGAAUCAGGAGCUUCACGAAUGGUCAUUUUUUGGCAUUUUUGACGGCCAUGCAGGGUCUAAUGCGAGUUUGUAUUGUGCGGAGAAUCUUUUAAAAUGUGUUUUAUCUAGCGACGACUUUAAAGCAGCCAUCAAAAGUGGGCCAUCAUCGCCCGAUUUGGAGCAGCUUAAAAUUGGAAUUAAGAUGGGAUUUUUUGAGCUGGACAAAACGAUGAGAGAAAGCCCGACCUGGUCAAACGGAGACGACAAAAGUGGCACGACAGCCGUUACCACUAUGAUUACUCCUGAACAUAUUAUCUUUGCCAACUGUGGGGACUCUAGAGCCAUUUUAUGCAGUGAUAAGAAAGUGACUUUCAGCACAGUGGAUCACAAACCGUCUAACCCAGACGAGAAACUUCGUAUCGAAAAGGCUGGAGGUAGUGUUAUGAUUCAGAGGGUUAACGGUUCUUUGGCAGUUUCUAGGGCUUUGGGAGAUUUCGAGUACAAGAUGGACUUUACUAUAGAUCCUUCUGAACAACUGGUUUCUCCUGAACCAGAGAUUUCAGUGGUUCCAAGGAGAGAUGAUGAGGAUGAGUUUAUUGUUAUCGGCUGCGAUGGUAUCUGGGAUGUGAUGAGCAAUGAAGAAGUGGCAGACUACAUUCGGUCAAGAAUGCUACUCUCUGACGAUUUAGUCCGGAUUUGUAGCGACCUUCUCGAUACCUGUUUAGCAAAGGUAAGUAUAAUGACGUUAAUAAACUGGUGUUAAUCUUGCGAGUCUUUCCGACUAAUUUUCUAUCGAUUUCAAAGUGUAUGUACGGCUAAUUUUGUACGGAUAAUCUGGAACAAACUAAGUUAAGCUCAUUGACCAAGUGUUAUUUUCAUUUAAUAAAUUGUUAUUUCAGCGUCAUUAGUAAGGUCAAAUACCACUUAUGGAAAUGUACGUGUAUAUUUCCUGCCAGAAAGGUUAUAUUGCAUUUUGAAGAAGACGCAAUUUACAUUGUAGAGUUUGCUGUGUCAAAUAAUAAAUUAUUGUCACUCAGCUGACUUUUUACACAACCUGAACGUGUAUACUAUUGAUUCGUAUAAAUACGUUUGUGGAACUACUUUUUGAAUACAAGCAUUCUGGCCUUGAAUUCUCUGAAAUUUUUAUGGUCCAUAGAACAUGAAUGGGUAUGAUCUUUCAUAACGUAUUGUACUGACUUCCUAUAUCAGUGUCCUUCACUCUCUCAAUCCCUUUUGUACUUGUCUUCAUCCCAGGGUCUCUUCUUAAUAAAUCUCCUCUCUGGACUUGUGGAUUCAUGGUGCCAGUUGGAAUUUACCUAAAAAAUAUCAGCACAUGAAUUCUUAAAGUAUCAAAUUUAGCAGGCAAUGACUAGCAGGUCUGUCUGCAGCUUUCAUUGUCUUGCUUUGUCCAUUUCUAAUCACUGGUUAACUCAUGAGUUACUUUCACAGGUCCUUGCGAUAGGCAACAUCACUGAAGAGGGGUUGAACAUUUCCAACUAGGUUUAGUAAUAUCAAAUAAAAACCAUGCAAAUUUAAGCCUUGGGUGCCUACUACUCUUCCUAUCGUGCCUACUAUAUUAUGAUAUGGCUUAGUCCACAAGCCAACAAGAUGAAGCAAAUCGUGUGUACGGAUUUUCCAUGUUGGUCCUGCAAGGGACAACAACAACAACAAUAAUCUUUACUUUCCCAAUCAUUAAGUUUUACAAAAGUGUACUGACCCACAGUUAGCUAGAGCUAAUCUUGGCAGGCCAGUCAAUGUACAUGUUUGCCUAUAUAUAAGAUAAUCCGGCAAGAUUAUGCAAAGGGGGAAAGAAUUUACAGUACAUAAGGGAUUUACAGUAAAUAAAGUUUAUCGGGAAAAGCUGUUGUCAGUUCAUAAUCUUGUUACUGAGGAUUUUAUCGUCGAAAAUUAAUGAUCUGGUGUACAGUGUAUAUCAAUGAAUGAAUCUACUUCUUUGAAAAUACUCAGUAGCACACUUUGAAUUCCUUUUUUGAAUGAAGGUUUCGGCCGUUCUCUCAAAGAACAUGGUACCUCAUUUCGGAGUUUUGCACAUAUAUGUGAAAAAGCGUUUCUUUGUAUUUCAAGGCUUGGUCAUUUUAUGUAAAAAUUGUUUGAGGCAGCAGAGUGAGUGUUGUAUGAGUUGAUGCUGCUUCAAAUCAAUGAAUCCUUUAUUGACCAAGCUUGUUCGCUGGUCAAGAUGGCUGGAUAUUGGCCCCAUCCUUUUUUGUGUUUUAAUUGAGCUCAACUUCAUCUCAGUCCAUAAAAACACAAAAAAGCUUGGCCAACAUACAGCCCACCUUGACCUCAGUCUUGGUCAAUAAUGCAUAUGUACAGGUCACAUACUUUUUAGAGUACCCUUUGUUAAGUCCCAAUCUUUCAUGUAAUCAAAGCUAGCCUACCAGGAGUUUUUAUUGCUUUAUGUUUGAUUUCACAGGGAAGUCGAGACAACAUGAGUGUAAUCUUGGUAACCUUUGGAGGGGCUCCUAAAGUGUGCGAGGAAGCUAUCAAACAGGUAGUUUGGUUGACCAACAUUCCAUACUUACUAGGAAAAGCACCACCCUCAAUGCUGACCUUCACCCUUUCCUGCAUUAUUUGCAUUCCCCUUCUCUCCCUCUCUCUUUGUCCCCCCCACAUUACAGUUUGUGCUGUUUUCUAUCCAGAAAUUUCUUAGUGUCACAUUUUAGUUCCUUUUCCCAACAAUACUUCUUUUUCUCAACACAUUAAAUUUGGAAAAGAAAUUACCUGUUUUUCUUAUUCUUUUCCAGCUAUAUUUCACUUGUUGUCAUUAGCUACAAUCAGCGACAAAAUUGUUGAGACAUUUUACUCAAAUAGGGUAACUUCAGAGAACAGAAGAAUCCACACCCCUCCCCCAUACUCUCUUUUCUCCAUCUCUUGUGUUUUGUACUUCGCGAUCAUGCCACAAAUCCCAACAACACUUGUUGUGCAGUCUACAAGUUAUCACAGUGUCAUAGUACAUAUUCUAGAACAAUAAAUUUGUUUCUUAACCUUUAACAUUAUUUAUAGGAAGCUGAACUUGAAGCUGACUUAGAGAAAAGAGUAGCUGGUAAGUUGAAUUUGUUCUCAUAAAGAGUUUCCAGUUAGUUUCUAAUAAAAGCCAUUCUAAUGGGAAAUCAUUAAGAACAAACUACUCACUAAUUUAAACGUGAGCUACUCCCCCCUGCUCCCGGCCCCCCACCAAAAAAAACAACAAAAUUAAAAAAGCUCACACAAGCCCUUUGAAUAAUCAUGCAAAAAAAACCUAGGUGGAAAGAUGAGGUUCAACACGUCUUGUCUUAGGAAAAAUCAGUCACAGCAUAACUAAGGCUCAUGCUAAUCAUAAUCAUCAUCAUUAUCCUUUGUUAUUCAAGGUGUUGAGUAGGGUUGUGUACUGCAGGGUAUGAAAUUUAUUUCUUUUUCGGGAAGCCACUAUCAUAAUCAUUACGAUUAAGGGGUGGACAAUUCUGAAAAGUUUGUUUCCAGUUCGUUUUUGAAGCAAUUUUAAGAUAUGUUUAGUUGUAGUGCACACCCCAGAUCAGCUGUCAUUAAAAAGUGGCCUGUUUCAAACUAGUUUUUAAUUUUUAUCUGUUUAGGCUGAGACUUUGCACGAUAAUAGAACUUCAUAUUUUCAACAAGCGUAUGUUUUUGGAUUUUUUAUUUUAACCGUUUUUGGCGGGAAAAUGACGUCAUAAGAUCGACAGCAAAAAAGAGUUUUCAACUUAUGGCAUAACAAGCUAAAACUUUUAAAAGAGGUCACAGAGAUUAGCUCAAAAAUGUGACCCACCAUGGUGGUAGAGCUGGAGAUAAUGGCGGAAAAUUACACACAUUUUGCAAAGAAGCAGAAGACAAACUUCUGCCUAAAAACAUAGCAAGAACAGAAAAAAUAAAAUUGCUACUUGAAGAAUAUAAAAUUAUGUUAGAGUACGUCAUCCCUUUAUAUCCUGAAAACACAGGAACCCUCCGUCAAUCAAGUUUAAAAGCUUGUUGUAGUUCAGCAGGGUGCGCCAAAACCUAUGUCCGAUCAUCUGGGACUGGUAGAAAUUUAGCUCGGACAUGUAAAUCUUUAUGUUUUUAAGAAAAAGAUUAAAACACUACUUUUUAGAGAGGCUUUUAUUAGUCAGUUGCCACCCUUUUUUUUCUUUUAUUGUAUAUAUUUUCCUUAGUUAAUCUUAGCAAGUCGAUUGCUUCUUAUUUUUUAGAAAUUUAUUUCUACAACUGUUAUAUAUUCUCUGUAAUAAGUCAAAUAUUUUUAUUUAUUUAUUAUUGUUUAGAAUUACGAUUAUUGUAAAGCGCCUUUGAGCUCAUGGAAAUGGCGCUAUAUAAAUUUUUGUAUUAUAUUAUAUGACUUUUCCAUGGGACAAGCAAAUUUUUAAUUAGAAAAAAUAAGGAAAACAUUGAAAAUUUACUUCAAAUUGUCAUAGAAUUACUUCUGUUAAGACGUAACUCUUGCCCAGGCCCAAAAUUCAAGUGGAUAGUGGCCAAUCACCAAAAAAAAGACAAAAAUAACAGUCUUCAUCGUUAGUUUUUCUUUCAAAGCAACCGAGAAAAGAAGAAGUCUUGGAUGCUAGCAAAGAGUUUAAAGUGAAUCAAGAGAAGAUCGUUUGAGCACAACCUUUUGGACAAGAACUCUUGGGUUUUGGACAACCCGUAUGAAUGAUAAAACAGUUAUUGAAUUUGGCUUCCGUAUGGCCUGAAGACUUAUGCACGUCUCAGAGGGUGUUAUCUGCCUAAGCAGCCAAUAACACCCUCUCCAUUCUGCAUAAUUCUUUAGAUCAUAUUCAGCUUCAUACAAUGAUUGCUAAAUAGUUUACUCUCAGUGUUCCUUGAAGAGUUAUUUCCCAAACAAAACUUAUGUGAAUACCUAUCACUGCCAUGGAUUUAUCUUUCAUGGUCUUCCACUAAUGUGCAUUGGCUACUCCAGCUUAGCACAAAAUUUGGCAAAGUCUGGAUGAAUCAUCAUGACUCUUCUAUUAUAUUUAUAGCUGUGCUUGAAGAUAGCAGGGAUCCUGGAGUUGUUGACCUGUACUACACCAUGCACUGUCUAUCAAGCGAAGACAUCAAGAACUUGCCACCUGGUGGGGGACUUCCAGCUAAGUAAGAAACUUUACCUAACAACACCACAUGACUUAAUGAGAAAACAAAGAUGUAAUGAUUUGGUCAUGCUGCAUUACUGAUUCUUAAGUACAAACAGAGAGGAAAACUUGAAUGCCAAGUGAAACAACCUCAGAGCAAGGAGAAGAACCAACAACUAGCUCGUAUGAAAUGUCAUAGACUUUUGUUGUUUAUCUGCCCUCAAGUACCAAAAUGACAACCUUUACAAAACUCUAGAGGGAAACAAAAAAAAAAGUACAAUAGCACAAAGGGGGAUGGCAUCACCUGGGAAAAAAUUUUAUGUUUGCCCAGAUUACCUAGAAACUUGACUAACAUUAGUGUCAUGUUUGUCAAGUUCAUCUUAAUAUUAUUUUUGCAAACAUGUAAUUUAUGAGUGCUUGGAAGUCAUUCUUGUUAUCUAUGUUAUCUAUAUAAGUUUUUUAAAAAACAACAUUUGCUACAGUAUAUGCAGAUUUGAAAUUACAGUAGUGUUAGUAGCAUGUAUAGUAUGAUUAAACACAAAAAAAGGCCUCAAACACCAUGACCUAACUUUCUUUAAAAGUGUCUUCAACUACUCACACAUGAACAUAAAGGAAAUAGUUAUCUUGUUCUUCAUGAGUAAUGGCUGCCUUAUCAUUUUACAGACAAGUUUUCAUUCACAAAACUUUGGAAAAACUGAUAGCUAAACAAUCAGAAGAGGUGAGUGUAAAUAACUUUUGUGUAUGUCAGACAUUUCCACUGCUUUAUGUGCUUGGAACUCUAAGAAUGUGAUUGUAUCUCAGGUUCCUCAUAAGUAGAAUUUUUAUGGUAUAAUAAUUUGUGCACAGCUAAAUAAUUUGUUAAGAAAAUGUCAUAAGCUACCAGUGAGCUCUUUAAGGGUAAUUUUGAGCAAACUCAGCCCUAAAAUGUGUAAACUGUUUGUUCAAACAUCUGUUAUUUAGUUUCAAAUAUAGGUGCUUUCUAGUCUAUUCUUGGGAGUUUGUUUUGUGAUUGUCUUGUUCCAAGUCCGACUGUCCUUUCCCUCCUGGAUUUUGGUGAUAAAAAGGUGUCAGUCAAUAAUAUAUGUCUUUUGGAGAGGUCCAUUCCUCAAUGUAGGGGAGUGAUGCAAGAAAAAAACUACGAGCAGAAAAUUACAAAAUUUGGCUCUUAUACUUGCUAUAGACCCUUGCAACUUUACAUCAUAUUUGGAAAUAGCCAACUGUUUUGCCUUCUUCCUUUCGGGAUUUUAGAUAUUGUUUUGUUCAGUUUGGAUUAUAAUUUGGCAUGUUAGCCAUUGUGCUGUUAGUGGUGUAGAUAGAAAUCAAUCUCUUCUCAUGUAAAGCCAGUACAUUCUCUUCGACUCCUACUAAUGAUUAGGGAAGGGAAAUGAGAAGAUUUUUGGAUCAAAGUCGGUUAAGUACUGGUUUACCGUGAGAACGCAUUUUUAUUACAGCUUAAACACUGACCAAGGAUAAAAAUAGAAUUAAUUUUUGCUUCGUUUUGUUGAUAGUCCGAUUGAAGGAAUGCUGAAGAAGUAGCAUCAAGCAAUGAAGUAUGUUAAGCUGACCUUGCUACUGACGAUUUGUUUGUGUUUUAGUGUAGUUUCAGUAAGUUUCAUCAUAAAUAUUUGUGUAUUAACUCAUUUUCCAGGAGUAUAGUAUAGUUUCAGGAGAUUUGGUUGAUAAUCAUUUAAAUUAUUAA